AUGGCGGUUGGGGACAUCGAUGCUGCCAGCACCGCCUUCAUGAUGGUGUGCAUGGCGUUGGUGCAGUUCAUGACACCGGGCUUGGCGUUCUUUUAUGGAGGCCUGGUCAAGGACACCAGCGUUCUCACCAUGAUGAUGCAGAGCUUUGUGUCAAUGGGAGUUGCCAGUAUCAUCUGGUUCCUUAUCGGCUAUUCCCUAUGCUUCGGGGAGAGUCUCUACGUGAUUGGGAACCCGUUCACACACUUUGGCCUCCGGGGACUGAAUGUGAACGAGGCACUCCCGGACAUGGCCAUUCCGGGCCUCCUGUUCGCUGGCUACCAGGGCAUGUUCGCUGUUAUCACACCGGCACUGAUGACCGGUGCAUUUGCGGACCGCUUCCGCUUUAAGCCGUACCUGGCAUUCAUUGCCCUCUGGUUGGUGUGUGUUUAUGCGCCGUGGUGCCACUGGGUGUGGGGCGGAGGAUGGCUGGCGCAGUGGGGUGUGAAGGAUUUUGCCGGAGGCAUUGUGGUGCACGUCACCGCGGGAUUCUCUGCACUGGCAAGCCUCAUUGUUGUGGGCAAGCGCCAAGUCUCAGAAGAGGAUUUGGAGGACCACGACCGUCCACACAACGUCCCCUUUGUUGCCCUCGGAACGGCCAUGCUCUGGUUUGGUUGGUUCGGCUUCAAUGCUGGAUCAGCAUUGGCAACCGGAUCAGUGGCUGUGGGCGCAGCUGUAAACUCUGAAAUUUCAGCUUCCGUAGCUUUGUUCCUCUGGCUCCUCAUUGACUGGGUUCGCAACGGUCGCCCUGGCUUGGUCGGACUCUGUGUGGGUGCCAUCGCCGGCCUUGCAACCAUCACGCCGGCUGCUGGCUUCAUCCAGCCCUGGGGUGCAUUCAUCCUCGGUGUCAUUGCCACCUUCUUCUGCUACGCGUGCUGCGAACUUCGAAAGCGGCUGGGCUUUGACGAUGCUCUCGAUGUGUGGGGCGUCCAUGGUAUGGGUGGCUUCAUGGGCACGGUUUUGCUCGGAGUGCUGGCCGAUCCGGAAGAGUGUGGCGGUCUGGAAGCGGCCCCGAGCUAUUGCGUGAAUCCUGGCCAGGUGACAGCCAGUAUCGAGCAGGUUGGCAAGCAGCUUGCCGCGGCUCUUCUUGCGGCUGUGUACUCUGUACUCGUGACCCUCGUGCUGCUGAAGGCAAUCAAUGUGUGCAUGCCCUUGAAGCCGAUUGGUACAGGAGGACUUGAUCUCACCGAGCACGGUGAGAUGGCAUACCACAGCCCGGUCCGCCAGUACAUUCAAGAACCCAAGAAAGGCAAGAUGGUUCUGUUGCAGAUUCCGGGGGACGGGGUGCCAACAACACCCUUAAAGUUUUGGCGGAUGAAAGAUGCAGCUCAGACAAUGAAGCAGCCAGAGGGCUGCCUCAAGUUUCGAGGUCUUGACCUCCUGUGGUGUCUUCUGCAGGAGAUGGUUCUGCUGAAGAUUGCCGACCAAGCGUUCGAGCACGCAGUUCCAGAUUAUGAUGUCGACGUUCGAGCUAAUGCCAGUGCAAGCGAGAUCCCUGGCAAUUCACAGGCUUGUGUGGCGAAAAGGAAUUUCGACAGAGCUGGUACAACUUUCCAGAACAAUCUGCUGGAUUCAACGAAGGCCUUCGAACUCGUUCUUACAGAAGUCAAGGAUGUGGAAGGGCUCCCGGCUAGCGCUCUAGCGGCAGCGGCGCAGUCCUACAAUCAAGCGCAGAGUGGCAAAUCCGAGAAAGAGGAAGAGGCAGCAGCCGAGGCCACUCCAGAGUCCGGUCCUUGGCGGCUGACGCUGGACAUGCCGUCCUACCUUCCCGCCAUGAAGCACCUGAAGUCCUCCGAGCUGCGUGAGAAGCUUUACCGUGCUUUCAUCUCGCGCGCUUCUUCCAACAAGACGGAUAACGGGCCUCUUAUCACGGAGAUCUUGCAAUUGCGGAAGAAAGCCUCGGCCAUGCUGGGCUUCGAGAAUUACGCUUCCGAAUCCCUGGCCUCGAAGAUGGCUCCGAACAUCGAGGCGGUGAGCAAACUGACGGAGGACUUGUUCGCAGUGGCGCGGCCCGCUGCCGAGAAGGAGCUCGACGAGCUGCAGGAAUUCGCCAAUGCUAAAGGUUACGCAGGCAAAUUGCAGCUCUGGGAUGUGACCUUCUGGACGGAGCGCCUGAAAGAGGAGAAGUAUGCCUAUGACGAGGAGGCCUUGAGACCGUACUUCUCGCUUCCGAAAGUGCUAGAAGGCAUGUUUGGUAUUGCCUCGAAGCUCUUCGCGGUAGACAUCGUUCAAGACGAUGAUGCAGCGGAGCGAUGGCAUCCUGAUGUCAUGUUCUUCAAGGUGCAAGAUGCUAGCACAGGCAACCACAUCGCUUCGUUCUUCUUGGAUCCCUAUGCACGGCCGGGGGAGAAACGCGGAGGUGCCUGGAUGGACGACUGCCUCGGCCGCUCCAAGGCUGUGGGCACCAAGCCAGUGGCAUACCUGACCUGCAAUGGCUCCCCGCCAGUGGGUUCAAAGCCAUCUCUGAUGACGUUCUCCGAAGCUGAGACCCUGUUCCAUGAGUUCGGGCACGGUCUCCAGCACAUGCUGACUCAUGUGGAGGAUGGUGACUGUGCUGGCAUCAACAACGUCGAGUGGGAUGCGGUGGAGCUUCCCUCGCAGUUCAUGGAGAACUGGCUGUACCACAAGCCAACUGUGGAUUCGUUUGCGGUGCACUACGAAACCGGGGAACCACUUCCUGCAGACAUCUUUGAGAAGAUCAAAGGCAGCCGCAUCUUCAUGGCCGCCUCCAUGAUGCUUCGGCAGCUGCAGUUCGGGGAUCUGGACAUGAAGCUUCAUUCUGAGUAUGAUCCAGACGGAACAGAAACCUUCUUGGAUGUACAGAGGCGACUGGCUGCCAAGUACCAGAUCCUUCCGCCUCUCGAGGAAGAUCGCUUCUUGUGCUCCUUUAGCCACAUCUUUGCCGGUGGCUAUGCCGCCGGAUACUACUCGUACAAAUGGGCCGAGGUUCUGUCUGCCGAUGCCUUUGCUGCCUUCGAGGAGGCCGGCCUCGAUGACGAGGAGGCCCUGCGCUCCGUGGGACGCCGCUUUCGAGAGACGGCCCCUCGGCGAGCACUGGCCAGUAGGAGCGCAAAGCUGCAGAGGGUUGCCUCGGCCCCACAAUGCCUAUCCGAAUCACCGUCUCAAGCGAUCAUUGUGUUGUCAUCCGAUCAAUCAGUUUCAGCUGCACCUCUGCCUCGUGCCAGAACCGCAGGAUACAACGCCUGCAACAAAAAAACCAAGGUGAUGCAGCACACAUUACGAGCAUCAGCAGCCCGUCCGAUGGACCAUACAGAGCGCAUGAUCGGCGGCGUGCGUGAUGCGCAUGAAUAG